UUAAUUUUUUUUCUUAGAUUGCUUUCUACUAAAGCUGAAUUUUUGGACUUAAUAAAGUAAAUUUGAAAGUUUUCAAUUACAAAUUUCUCUGUUGUAGCAUACUUCUUUUUAAAAAAAGCUAUCAUAAUAAAUCAUUAAGAAAGAUUAAAAAGAAGGAAAACAAUCUUACUAAAGUUUAUAAUGAAAGUUUAAGACACUUAAAUUGAUAAAUGUUCCUAACAGAGAGCGAUCUAGUUGUCUUGAUAUCGUGGGUCGAGUUCUCUUGGGCGCGAAUUGUGUUGACACCUCUUUGGUGAGCAUGCGCAGCGAUCUCGUGGGAUUUUCAAACGAAAGCGGAAUAAAAAGAAAUACAGCCACAGUAUGAGUUGGCUGACAGACGAAUGGAAGGAUGGACUUCCAUCUCGGGCCCUCCAAAAGAUAUCACAAAUCGAAGCCCAGCUUGAGAAACUGAAGAAGGAACGAGAACAGAAACAGUUCCAAUUUGAAAGCUUAGAACAGGCAUUGCAAGUACAAAAGAGAAAAGUUGAGGAAGAGAAAAACAACCAGUCGUCAUUGAAGAGAGAAAACCAGACUUUAUCAGAGACAUGUCAGGACAUGGAGAACAAGCGACAGAAGCUGGCACAGGAACUACAGACCAAAGAAAAUCAGAUAUCAUGUCUAGAUGGCAAGCUAUCACACACCAAAGCCCAGCUAGAUACAGAGACAGCCAAAGUAAAUCAGCUGCAGUCAGAGGUGGAACGAUUACAGAAAGAUAAUGAUGAUCUUACCAAAAAGAUGGAAAAGAUGUCUGCUGACCAUGGGAAACUUCAGGAGUAUAGUAAACAACAGAAGGUGCAGUUAGAACAGCAGCAUGAGAAGGUCAGGGCACUAGAGGUGGACAUUAAAAGACAAGGGGACAGUGGUGACAAGAUGCCCAGCACUACUUCAGCAACCUCAGCUGCCAGUGACAACCUGCUACAGUUGGAGAUAAAGAAAUGGAAAGAUCUUCAUGAGCAAGAUAUGGCAAAGAUUGAGAAUAUGAAACAGGAAUAUGACACAAUGGCAAAACAGGCUGAAGCACAGAUUGAAAAAUUGAAAGAAGAAUUGAAGAAAAGCCAGUCACACAACACAGAAUCUCAACUUAAAUUUGAUAAUCUUAGUCUACUGCAACAGAAAAGUAAUGCCGGUUCUGUUGGAGCCCCGCAGCAUGUUGAACAAACAGGGAUCUUUAAUGCAAGGCAUGAUGAGUUUAGUAAACACCAGAACGGGCACCAGAGGAAUAAUGACAUAUUUGGGACUUCCCAGAAUAGACCUCGGAUUGACCAUGAUAUUUUUGGAACAUCACAACCACAGGAUGGAGGACGACAGCACCAACAGGGAUCCUGUCUACCUGGUAAUACUUCGGGCAUGACUGAUGGUGAGUGGAAAACAAACUUACCUCUCCAGGGUCAGAAGUUCCUACAACAGCUGGAGGGGCAGGUGGAGAAAAUGAAGAAAGAACGAGACCAGAAGCAGUUCCAGAUGGACAGUCUAGAACAGGCUAUAGAAAUACAGAAGAGAAAAGUAGAAGAAGAGAGGAACACAGCUACAUCGCUGAAGCGUGAAAUCCAGCAGUUGUCCGAGUCUUGUGAGGAACUGGAAAAGAUGCGUCAGAAGACUACACAGGAGAUCCAGACGAAAGACAACCGAAUUUCUUGUCUAGAUGGACAGCUGUCACACACCAAAGCUCAGCUUGACACCCAAACUCAGAAAAACUCUAAGCUGGAACUGGAGUUGGAGAAAAUUAAGAACAAUGAACAGGAUACAUCACAUAAAAUAGACCAACUAAUGACAGAGAAAACCAAGUUACAGCAACAGCUGGAAGUCGCUACCAAGGAAGUCCGACAGAAUCAGGAAAUCGUCAGUGUUUUAAAGAAGAAAGAAGUUACUGUCUUGAAGAAAUUGGAAGAGAAGGAAUCAGAAUUAUACAAUAUCAAGUCAGAGCUGAAAAACAUCAAAGAUAGUUUGGCAGAGAAAAACAAACAAAUGAGCGAAGCCCAAAGAAGCUGGAGUGUCAUGGAGGAGAAACUGCGGUCCACUCUGAGUGAGCGGGAGGGGGAGGCCAAAAAAUACAAUGAUAACCUAUCUACGAAAGACAGAGAGAUCAGAGAACUCCAGAAUGAAGUAAGAGGACUUCAGAACCAGAUCUCAGACAACAAGACAACAUUGGAGAGGAAAGAAAAAGAAAUGAAUCAGCUGAACUUCCUUCAUGAGCAGCGGCAAGGCGAACUAGAAGAGUUACAGUCAAAGCAGAAGAAACAUCAGGAAGAUUAUCACUGUCUACAGACCAAACAUGACCAGCUGUACUCCAGCCACCUCACUACAGUCAACCAGCUGCAGGACCUGAAGAAACAGAUUGAGGCAAAGGACAAGAGCAUGGCAGAGCAACAGGCUGGUUUUGAUACCCUUCAGGCUCAAAUGACAGAGAAAGAGACUGCCUUACAAAAUGAAAUUAGUGAGCUGCAUACUAAUGUGGCACAGGCUCAGUUUGCAACAGAGUCCAAAAACAAGGAGAUCACAUCCUUGGAGAUGCAGAUUGUGUCUGUCCAGAUGCAGCUUGAUUCUGUUGGCCAGGAUUUCCAGAAGAAGUUGGAUGAAACAGAGAGUAAAGUGAAGGAGCUGACAGAUAUCAAGGAAAAGCUGGUGGAUAUAGAGAAUUCUAAAAAUGAAGAAGUGAGGAACUUAAAAGGGAAAUGUGAAGAGGUAGAACAGAAUCUUCAUAAAGCGAGUGCUGAAUUGGGAACUUUGCAGACCAAGAAUAAAGAAAAAGAUGACGAAUGUGUGGAUUUGAAAUCGAAAUUGAAGCAAGUGUCAGAUGCUCUUCAGGUGAAAGAAACGGAAUUGAAGGAAGUCUCAAAACAAUUUUCAGAACUGCAGGAAUACUCGGGCAGGGAACACACUAAAUUGACAUCAGAGCUUGAAAAUUUGAAUUUACAAUUUGCCAGUUUAAUUGAGGAAAGAGAUAAAUUAAAAGUUGCUGUUGAUAAAAAGAAUGCAGGGUUCUCAGAGUUGGAAAACAAAUUGAAAGAAAAAGAUAAUGAAAUCAAGAAUCUUGAUGUGAGAUGUAAUGAAGUGCUGAAAGACAUCGAGGAAUUGACUGCGGAAAAAUCCACCAUGCAAAGUCAAUUAAGCCAGGCUAAUGAUGCCUUAACAAGCAAAUCAGCAGAUUUGGAGGAAACUCGCCAAGUCCUGGAAACUGAAAACAGAAAACUGAAUUCGGAUCUUAUGAACAAGGAAACCCUGGUCUGCUACAUGAGUGAACAAAUCAAGACAAUGAAAGAAGAUAAGGAAAAACAUCUACAAGCACUGCAAGUAAAAUCCCAGGACAUCUGUGCACUGAAAAAAGAAACUGAAUCACUAAAAGGAGAGAAAGAAAAUACUGAGAAAAUGUAUGAGGAACUCAAAGAUGCAGAGAAAGUAAAGCAUGAGGAAAUCAGAAAACAACUGGUCCAAAUUCAACAAUUAGAGUCUGUACUUGAAAACAAGAAGAGUGGCAUAUUGUCUCUACAAGAUGAACUUGGUUCUGUGAAAAACGAAAUGUCUUUAGAGCUUCAGAAACUUUCAGAGGAAAAUACAGCACUUUCUCUGAAGCAAUCAGCCCUGAAUGAAAACCAUGAAAAAUUAGAGCAGCUUCUUGGAGAGAAGACUUCACAAUUAGAAACAGUGAGAAAAGAUCUAGUGAACUUACAAUCAGAAGUGCAAGUACUCCAAACUACAAAUGAAAAACUUAGUGAAAAAUUAUCUGAAAGUGAGGCAUUAUCACAAGACCUGCAGGGUAAACUUGAACAAGCUAAUGAAGUUGUGAAAUCAAAUUCUAAUGAGCUCGCAUCGGCUCUGAGAGAGGUGGAACAGUUGCAGCAAUCUUCUGACACUGAGCACCAAAAACUUGUCAACAAAAUAGAAGCCUUAGAGAAACUAAAUGUAGAGCUGUCGGAGUGCAGAGAAUGUUUAAAGAGUUCGGUGGAGGUACUAGAAAAUGAGAAAGAGAAGCUACAAAGUUGUAUCAAAGCUAUCCAAGAGGAGCAGACAACACUGUGCUCAAAUCUGGAACAGAGUGUGCAGAAAUCAGCAGAACAAGCAGCAAAAUUGGAGGAAUUGUCCACCAGUCUUCAACAAGCAAAUGAAGCUGUAUCACUUAAAGAUGAAGAGCUCAGAAAACUUAGAGAAGAGUUGAAAUCUGUUGAAGAGAACACUUGUCUGGAGAUGGAAAAGAAAGCUGAGUCUUUAUGUCAGCAAGAAAGUGAAAAUAAAUCAUUGCAGGAGCAGUGCACCAAUUUGAAGCAAGCUUGUGAAGCCAAGGACAAUCAGGUUACAGCACUGGAAGGAAAGGUAAAUGAACAACAACAAAUAUCGAAUGAACUGCAAGGAGAGCUAGAUAAGAUGACAGGAGAGGCUGGUGAUAUGGAAGCAGAAUUAAAAGUCCUAAGGGUGAGAUGUAGUCAGGCCGAGGAUUUAGAAAGAGAGAGAGAAAACCAUAUUGAGUGUCUGCAGAAAGAAAUUAAGGAAUCCCAGAACAAAUUUUCCAUUGACAUGGAUAAACUGGUGAGUGAGAAUUCUGAACUCAAAGUGCAGUUAGAUGAGUUGAUUACAGAAAAAACCAAAGGGAAAGAUUUGAUUGAGAGCACAGUAUCUCAGAAAGAGAGACUGGUGUUGGAACUGAAAGAAAUGAAGGAAGUACUUCAGAGGAUGGAGGCAAAGCAGGAGAUGUUGCAGAUGGACAUGGAGGACAAAGAUGAAUGUCUUGAGGCAUGGGAACAGAAAAUAGCCAUGAUGGAAGAAUCAAUCAAGAGUUUAAAGUCUACUGUUGAAGAGAAGGAAAGGACUAUAAAUUCAAUAACAUCAGAACUAGAGGAAGUCACUGGAAAACUUAACUCAAUGAUGAAUAUAAAAGAAUCUUUAGAAAAAGAACUUCACAAGAACAAACAUCAAUGUGAACAACUGUCGUCAGUCUUGGAAAUGGAGCAAUCUACUUUGGAAAAGAAAGCCGAAAGUGUUGAACAACUUAACAAGGAAUGUGAAGAGUUGAAAAUCAAAUUGGAGUUGGUUCAAGACAGUGAAACUGAUAAAAUCAAAUCACUUGAGAAACUUCAAGUAAAUGUAAAUGAUCUAGGAAGAUCUCUUGAAAAGUACCAGGUGGAUUUGCAAGAAAGCAAGGAAAAUGUUGAUGCUUUGGAGUCCCAGUGUGGCAAGCUUCAAGAUCAAUGCAUAAACAAAGAUCAGAUCCUUGCAGAAAAGCAACAGGAAAUCAACAACCAAACAGUUCACAUCCAUACACUUGAAAAUACUAUGGCUCAAAUGCAAGAGAAAUUGGACUGUGUGAAUGAAUUGACCUUCAACAAGGACAACAAAUGUGCCCAAUUAUCUGAAGAGUUAAGUGAUCUACAGCAAGAGUACCAAGUGAAAUCGGAUUUGUUAGAGCAGCAGAAAUCGUCCCUUGAAACAUAUGCAGAAAGAAUCAAACAGAUGACUGAAGAGUCAGAAGAACAGGAGAAACAGAGGCGUAAAGAAAACCAGGAUUUACAUGUCAAGUUACAAUAUAAACAGGAUAUACUGGACAGAAAGGUGUCAGAACUAGAGAAACUGAAAACCUCAUUUGAUGAUAUGGUGCAUCAGGUAAAAAGUUCGUUCAGCAGUGUGGAGGAGAAAAAUGUUGAAAAUCAGACACUGUGUGCAAAGUUGGAGACAUUGCAGAGAGAGAUGUGUGAGUUAAGAGAUUCUCAUGAAGAAAACAGUAGAUUACUACAGUCUCAAAAAGAUGCUAAUGAGUUGAUGGAAAGGCGACUCAAUGAAACUCUCCUGUCAAAAACUUCAGCUGAGGAAAUCUUUGAUCGGGAAUCAGCAGAAUUGAAAUGUAAACUUGAUGAAAUGGCAUCAGGAAUCCAUGAGAAGAGUGAAGAAAUGGAAUUGAUGAAUCAGAAAAUGACAAAUUUGCAAGGAGAGUGGGAAAGUUUGAAGGAAAAGAAUAUUUCUUUGAAGGAGUUAACAAACACACUUGAGGCUCAGCUGGAUGUUGUCCGUAGUGAAAGUGAAAGCAUGAAGACUGAAUUAAGUGCAAGAACAGAAAGCUUGAUAGAUGAACGCCAAAAGUCGGAAAAUGCUCUGGAAGUUCUGAAAAAUAGAUAUGAGAAUUUACAGAAGGAGAAGGAAGACCUAUCUGCAAGUGUAGGAGAAUUGGAAAAGACGUUGCUUCAAGUGGAAAGCGAAAAGGAGGAAAUUGAAUCCCAGAAAUCAUUACUUCAACAACAAUUUGAAAACAUGCAGUGUCAAGUUCAGGAGUUGCAGAUUGUUCGAGAGAACAAAGAACUGGAAUUGUCAAGCACUGUGAAUGAGUGUUGCACAUUAGAAAGACAGCUGGCAGAGGUCAGUGAAGAAAGAAAUGACAUUCAAAAUCAGUUUGGGCAGCUGAAAGAAGACAUGGAAGCCACUCAACUUCAAAUCCAAUCUCUCCAAAACCAACUUAAAGAAAAAGCAGACCAGGUGUCAGAAUUCUCUCUCGUUAUUGAAACCAAAGAGAUGUCAGUGACUGAAUUAAAAGAACAGAUUGUUGAACUUGAAGAAGUUAAGUCUUCUGAAAACAAAAGGUAUGUUGAUGAUAUGUUUAAGAAAGACAAGGUUAUUGAGUCUUUGGAAACCACAGUUCAGGAACUACAAAAUCAUCUUCAAGAAAAGCAUCAGCAAUUGAAAGUAGCUGAGACUGAUCUGGAGGCUCAGGUUGCUGAACUCAGUAAAAAGCUAGAUCACAGCCAUCAGCAACUCCAGCUGUCAAAACAGGAGAAUUGUCAUCUUCAAGAUCAAGUCAAAGAGGCAUCCUCAAAGGAGUUCGAAAUUUUGCAAAGGCAUUCAGAAGCAGACGGACAAGUGUCAUUGUUAACUUCAAAGAUUGAAGAACUCACCAAGCAGAGUGAAUCUCAAGUUAAUAGCCUCCAAGAGAAAAUCAUAAGCAUGGAAAGAGAACUUUCUGAAUUGACCACUAGCAGUGCUGGAUUGCAAUGCAAGAUUAAAGAGCUUGAAUUCCAGAAAUGUACGAUAGAUGAAGCGAAAAAGGAUGUCACUGCACAGAAGUCUGAGCUUGAAUAUGAACUGUCAGAAAAAGUGCAGAAGAUUGAAAAAUUAGAGGACCAGACCAGGGAACUAGUAUUGCAGAUACAGGCAUUCUCUAUGGAGAAAGAACAGCUUCAAUAUGAAAUAGAAAUGUCCAAGAAAGAGGGGGAUGUCCAAGUCCAUUCACUAACCGAGAAAUUGAGGAAAUUAGAGGAAAAACUUAGGGAGAAAGAUUCAAUUGAAUCGGAACUGAAUGACAGGAUUGUAACGUUACAACAAAAUUGUGAGGAGGCAGAGAAUGUAAAAUCUCUGCUGAAUGAAGAGAAGGAAGAUUUACAGCAGAAAUUACUCCAGGUGGAGGAGAGACUGUCAGAGGUAGAACUGCAAAGCAUGAAAAAUAAUGACAAAGUGAAUGAUCUCUUGUCCCAAGAUGCCAUCAGCAAGGAGCAGAUAAGGCAGCUUGAGGAGGAAACCAAAGCUCUUAGAGAGUCUGUAGAGGAUUUAGAGGUGCUGAAAAUCGAACUGUCAGAAAAACUCCAUGACUCUGAAAGUAAUCUAAGUCAGAAAAUAUCCGAAUUUGCAGAAAUGGAAAACAAUUCGCAAAAAGCCAAUGACCAGAUAGAAUCUUUGAGCAAAGAGAUUAAAGUUCUUGCUGAAGCUAAUGAGGAAAAAUUGUUAAAGAUUCAGGAGGCAGAAACCCAGAUUAAAGCAAAGAAUUGCGAUGUUACAGAUAAGGACAAUAUUUUAGCUGAAAUGGAAAGCAAGUUGGAAGAUAUGAUUAAGGAAAAGGAAACCAUGAUGUCACAGAUGCAAGAUGACAUUAAUCAACUACAUGCUGAGACAGACUCACUGAAGGAUAAGCUAAGAGAAAGUGAGUCUUGCCGAGAUAAAUUUGAAACUGCAUGUAACACGAUCACUGCCUCAUAUGAAGAAGUUUUUAGGCAGAAAGAAGAUUUACAAACAGAAAUCUCUCAUUUAAAAGAGUCAGAAGAAAAAUUAAACAAUAUGGUAUCUGAGAACCUCACUCAAAUAACUGUACUUGAAGACCAAAUUUAUAGUUGUCAGCAAAAUAUUGAGACAAUAUCAAAUGAAAAGGAUAUUCUACUAAAUAGGCUACAUGAAACUGAAUUAUUAGUGGAAUCCAGGCAGUGUUCUUCUGAAGGGGCACAAAAACAACUAGAAGAUGUGCAAAGAGAAAAAUUGGCAUUGCAAGAAUCUGUAGAAUCCCUCCAGAAACAAAAUGCGGAGCUAGAAGGGAAGGAACACCAGCUAAUGCAAGAGACUGAAGAGGCAAGAAAAGAAAAAGAAGAAAUGGAAGUUCAUUACAAUAAUCAGAUAGAAAAGAAACAGCAGAUCAUAAGAAACCUGGAAGAAGAAAAGGAAAUAUUGAAGAAUAAAUUACAGGACUCUGAAGUGACAGUGAAAAGAAAUGCAGAUAAUUUUGAACAUGUAAGGCAAGAACUGAAAGAACUGAAUGACAGACUGAGCUUAAAAGAGGACCAUAUUGAAGAAGUACAAGAGGCUUGGGACCAGGAGAAAGCAAAAUCCAUCCAAUUAGAAACACAGGUUAAUGAGCUUCAGUUAGAGCUGGAUGCUGCUGAAGAUAGGAAGGGGAAUCUUAUCAAUGAAUUCCAGAACGUUAGAGAAGAGCUUGCACAGCGUGUGGAAAGUGCCGAGAAGAGACAGCUAAUGGUGGAGGAAAAGCAUAAAACUAUUCAGUCAAUGUGGGCAAGUCAUGAGGCAGAAUUGUUUACCAAAACAAGAGAAAUUGAAGAUUUGACAUCUCAAAUAGAAAGAUUUACAGAACAAGUAACUGAAAUGGAGAACAAAAUUUCAGAACUUAACACAGAAAAAAUUUCCAUGGAGGACGAAGUGAGUAACUUGAGGAAUUACAUCAAAAGUGUGGAGGAGGAGAGAAAUUCACUGGAGUCUCAAAUCAGUGCUUCACAAACAGAACUACAGUGUACACAAACCUUCACACAGACUGCCCAGCAGGAGAAGGAUGAAGCUAACGAAAAGCUGCAGUCUCUGCGUGAAACUGUUCAGGAGUUAGAGAAGGAUAACCAAGAAAGUCAGAGUACCAUACAGCAGUUACGGGUGGAGAAUCAGAGACUACUGCUGGAGGCAGAGGAAAAGGAGUCUACACACAAAAAUGAUCGGGAAGAAAUGCAAGAUAAAUGUCUUCAGCAGCAGACUGAAAUGGAGUUAUCCCUCAAGACACAGGAGAACUUGAAGAGUACAUGUGAGAGGGCAGAAAGCAGACUUUCUGAAAUUGAAGAAGAGUUGUUGAAAACAAAAGAACAUAUGUCACAGCUCCAAGAAGAAUUGGAUGUAAAGAAUAGUGAGCUGAAAGAGACCAGGGAAAAGAUGGUUAACAUGAUAGAUAUACAAAGACUUGAGGAUGAAAAUAAGGAACUGAAAGAUAAAAUUGAUUCUUUGUCAAAAGAAUUAGAGCAAGCCUACUCUGAGUUAGAACUGAUGAUUGCAGAGAAAGAACAGGCUCUGCAGGAUUUAAAUGUAAUAAGACAGGAGAAGGAGGAAAUAAAAAAAGAACUGCUCCAACUGAACAAGAGGAUAAACCUUUUGCAGGCAGAAGUAGAAGAAAAGGAAGCAGCCGUUCAGGAACAAAAACAACAGUUGGUUUCUGUCACAGAAGAGUGUGGAGGGGAGGUAAUGAAAAUCAAGCAAGUCAUCAGUUCCACUCUGGAGCCCACCAUUAUGGAAUACCAAGGCAUUGUCAAAGAAAAGAAGAGAAAGAUUGUGGAAAAAGAAAAUGAGCUGCUGGAUCUUAGAGGCAAGGUAAUGGAAAUCAAUAACAAACUUGGUGAGAAAGAUGUAGAAAUUGCUAACUUAUCAGAUACUUGUGCAAAAUUGAGCAAAGAGAAGGAAGAACUACAGUCUGAUAUGGGGACGUACCAAGAUGCCAUGGAAAGCUUGGAAAAAGAAAAUGAAGAGUUUACAACAGAGAAAAAUACCCUGGAGUGUGAACUAAAACAAAUGAUAAGUGAGAGAGACAAGUCUCUUCACUUGGUGGAGGAGCUGAAAAGCUCUAUAAAGGAGAUAGAAAUGAAUGAACAGAAGAAACUGGAAGAGUGGAAAGAAGAAAAGGAGAACCUGAGAAGUCAAAUAUUUUCCAUGGAUGCUGAAAUUAUGGAACUAACAGACAAACUAAACAGCCAAUCUCAAAAGGAGACAGUGUCAAAGAAGGACAUGGACUUGUUACAAAAUAAGAUCAAGAAAUAUGAAGAGGAGCACUCUGGAUAUGAAAAAGACAUUCAGAGACAUCAGCACAAGGUGGAGGAACUGACCAUUGAAUUAACUCAAAAUAAGGAACAGCUGGCUGCAUCAGCUGUACGAAACAAGGACUACCAAGAGGAGGUGGACACUCUGAAGCAGCUACUGCAGGAAAAGAUGGAGAAACUGGAAGAUGUGCAGACAUGUCUGGGAGCCAAGGAAUCAGAAAUGCAGGAUAAGGAGCAGCUGAUUGGUGAAAAAGAGAAGGAAAUCCAGAACCUCCAGGAGCAGAAUUCUAACAAAGAGAAGGAGAAAGGAGAACUUCUAUCAGAGUUCCUGAUUCUGGAGGACAACAAGGCAGAGCUGCAGAGGAGACUGUCAACCAUGGAACUAGAGAUUGCUGAUGUAAAAAGCGAAGAAAGGAAAAGGACAGCAGAAGAGAUUGAAGAUAUAAGGAUGGAGCACCAAAAUGAAUUGGUGAAACUUAAAGAACAGAUACAGUUUGAGUGCACCAAACAAAUGGAGAUACAAAAGAGGCAUUCUGCCAGUGUCUUGGAAUUGAAAGAUAACCACAAAACCAUGAUGGAGCAGCUAAAAGAAAAACACCAAGAAGACAUUAGAAAGACACAGGAGAACUACGAAGCUCAGCUGAGUCUGCUGAAGGACUCGUUAUCCCAGAAUUCCACUGCUGAGGAGGACAUAGCCAAACUGAAAGUGGAAAUAGAAAAACUGGAAGGUUUGGUGGAGGAGUACAAAAAUAAGUUACAAUCUGUGGAGAGGAAGGAGACCCAGCUGACACAGAAAGUUGCAGAGUUAAAAUCCCAAAACAGCAGGAGUAAUGAGUUUCUAUCAAAAUGGGAGAAUCGAUGUACCCGUUUGUCCACGGAGAUUACAGCUGAGAGGUGUAAAAAUCACAAGAUGAAAGAGAUAAUGGACAGCAAAAGAAAGGAACAUGAGGAGGAAGUUAUGAAGUUAAAGGAAGACAUCAAACAGCUUCAGGAGAACGUGGAAAAUCUCAAACAAACAAGUAAGACAGAACUUUCCCAAAGAUCCACAGUGGGUAGGAAAGGAAUAGGUCUGUCGCGGUCACCACGGUCAGCCGUUCAUUCGGUGGGAACUGGGAAAAUGGAGGCUUUAGGAAACAGUGGUCAGAAGAACUUGGUACCUACCACAACAGCGGUCACAUUAGUCAAACCAGAACCCAGAUUCUUACAGGUGCCCAGUACUAGUGUACCGACAUGCAAAUCUCCGAUCAAACAGAGAUCUCCCAGAAACGGUUCACAAUCUUCUAGGUCAUUGUUCUCCAAGGACAAAAUUCAUAGGAUUGGAGAAAAGAGUGCUUUUGUUGGGAAGAGUAGAUUUGAACCUGUGGUAAACCCUCUAGUGGCAGGAAAUAAAACUGCACCAGAAACUGAUGGCUUUAGUUCAUUUCCAUCAUUAACUGCUAAAUCUGGUUUAAGUAGUGCUGUGGAUUCUGAGAGGUUAAGUACUAUAACUUCUGUGUCAAGUGCUAGACAUACAAACUCUGUUAAUACAUCACACAACACGAGGAUGAAAGGACCGGGAUGUGUGUCUCCUACCAUGCAGGAUGUAGCUAUUGUCCCAGAGAAAACUCGCACGGGAGAAAAAAGGUUAUCAUCGGAAACCCAGGAUCAAAUAGCGCCUAAAAAGAUGAAGAGUUUAAAUGGUGUAGACAAAGUUGAAAAGCAUCCUCUGCAGUCUAUCACAAAUAGUCCAGUGAAGAAGAGGUUGGAAGAAUCUGAAGAUAUCAGUUUGGGACCUGCCAAAAGAGCCCUGAGUCUGAAAAAGUCCCCUGCUCGACCCCUCAAACCAAGUACUGAGACCACAUCAUCAGAGGAUGCUAAAGAAGAGGAGGAUUGUGUCAUUCAGUGAUGGAAUGGGAUUACUGUCAGUGAUGGAAUGGGAUUACUGUCAGUGAUGGAAUGGGAUUUCUGUCAGUGAUGGAAUAGGAUUUCUGUCAAUGAUGGAAUGGGAUUACUGUCUUUUCAUUUUAGAUUAAUUUAUGAUAGAUUUAAUCACAUAUUCUGAUGUCAUUUGGGGCCUUCGAGUGUCUCUCUGCUAGGUGCUUGAAUGAUGUAAGUGAGUGAGUUUGUGUGUGCUUCAGUGAAAUUUAUUUUCUUGUAUGAAUUGUUUGUUUCAUUCCUACAUUUGGAUAGGAAUUUUCAUGUUAGAGAUCAUGAAGACUUAAUAUUGAGCAUGCAUUUCAUCACCUAAGCUUUUCACAAUCAAUGGUAUGGAAAAAUUCAACCAUCUUCUGGAAAAGCUUGUAGUAUGCUUUCAGGUAAAUUUUAUUGAUGGAAAUAUUGCAAUGCAGUAGUUUGUUUAUUUUGCGUUCACUAAGAUUGUUAGAGUAUGUCAGAUAUAAGUCUGGUGCGUGUGAUUUUCACAGCUGUUGGUGGUAAAGAUCUGUCUGAGGUUUCCCUGCAAAUAACAAUUUUUUUUCUGUAUACACAUGAUUAAUUAUCUUUAAACUUAUGCAGAAGAAAUAGGUUGAGUAUUUUGCUGGAAAGACAGAUUUUACAGCUUCAUUAUACGUGUAUUAUGUUUACAUCACGUUUGUAUCAGAUUUUACAGCUUCAUUAUACGUGUAUUAUGUUUACAUCACGUUUGUAUCUGAUUUUACAGCUUCAUUAUACGUGUAUUAUGUUUACAUCACGUUUGUAUCUGGUAAGAAAGAGGUACUUUAAACACCUGUCACCUGUAACAUGUUUGGAAUUGUAAAGGUGUUGUACAAUGUAAUGAAAUAGUAGACAAUGUGACCAUCAUUUAACUCUAUAAAUGUCUCGCUUUGUCAUUAUGUACACUAGUUACUCGGUCUCAAUUGUGAACCAUUCAUUAUAAUUAUUUCAUGUAUGCACAAAAGGAAAAUUAAAUAUACUGAAAUCCG